GAUGAGGUCGAAGUCUCUGGCGAUGCCGCCGCCUCUUCUGGCAGCAUGUCUGUCCUUGAUGCGCUGAAAGGUGUCCUCCGCAUCGCACUCAUCCACGACGGUCUGGCCCGAGGUCUGCGCGAAGCCUCCAAGGCUCUCGAUCGUCGCCAGGCGCACAUGUGCGUGCUCAACGAGGCCUGCGAGGAAGAAGCCUACAAGAAGCUCGUGAUCGCGCUGUGCUCGGAACACAAGAUCCCGCUGAUCAAGGUCCCCGACGGAAAGAUGUUGGGCGAGUGGGCUGGUUUGUGCGUGUUGGACCGCGAAGGAAAUGCCAGGAAGGUUGUUAACUGCUCUUGCGUGGUUGUGCGGGAUUGGGGUGAGGAGAGCCAGGAGCGCAGUGUUCUGCUCAACUACUUCCAGACUGAGCAUUAG